UGCACAUGCACCUCUAUGUUCCACACACGCACCAAAAAUGGGUUCGCUAUCUUCCGAUGCUCCCAUACACGUCGUCCUCUUCCCCUUCAUGUCCAAAGGCCACACCAUCCCCAUCCUCGACCUUGCCCGACACCUCCUCCUCCGCCGCCUCGCUGCCACCAUCACCGUCUUCACCACCCCCUCCAACCUUCCCUUCGUCUCCCGCCACCUCGCUGGCACCUCUGCCUCCGCUGUCGCCCUCCCCUUCCCGGGUGAUAUCCCAGGCCUCCCCUCCGGCGUCGAGAGCACCGACGCACUCCCUUCCAUGUCCCUCUUUCCCGCCUUUGCCAACGCUGCAGCGCUCAUGCAGCCGAGCCUUGAGGCUGAGCUCCAGAGGCUGCACCCGCGGCCUACCUUCAUGGUCUCGGACGGGUUUCUGUGGUGGACCCUCGAGUCGGCCUCCAAGUUCGGCAUCCCUCGCCUGGUGUUCUAUGGCAUGAGCAACUACGCCAUGGCAGUCUCCUACGCCUCCACCAUCGAGAACCACCUCCGCGGGCCCAUGGCAGAGGACGAGCCCUUCACCGUGAACGCUUUCCCGUGGAUCAAGCUCACCAAGAACGACUUCGAGCGUCACUUCUCCCAGCCGAUGACGGAGGAGAACCCCUAUUUGGAGUUCAUCAUGAAGGUUGCGGUAGCGAUGGGGAAGAGCAAUGGCCUAGUCGUCAACAGCUUCCAAGAGCUCGAGCCGGCCUUCCUCGAGUACUGGAACCGCGAGUGUGUGCCGAGGGCUUGGUGCGUCGGGCCUCUGCUCCCGCUCGAGCGGCCGGUGGCGUGUGACCCUCAACUGCAGACCACGUGGGCGCAGUGGCUGGACAGGAAGCGAGCUGGGGGCGAACGCGUCCUGUACGCGGCGUUCGGGUCACAGGCAGAGAUUCCAGCGGCACAGAUGCGAGAGAUCGCGCUCGGUUUAGAGAGCUCCGGCACGAGCUUCUUGUGGGUGGUCAAGAAGAGAGAGUCGGAGAUCAUCGCCGACGUCGAUGGUGGGUUCGAAGACAGGGUUAGUGGGAGAGGGAUGGUUGUGAGAGAGUGGGUCGGCCAGCGAGACAUCCUCAUGCACGAGAGCGUCCACGGGUUCCUGAGCCACUGCGGGUGGAACUCGGUGCUGGAGAGCGUGUGGGCUGGGGUGCCGAUCCUGGCAUGGCCGAUGAUGGCGGAGCAGCCGCUGAACGCGAGGAUGGUCGCGGAGGAGAUAGGAGUGGGGCUGAGGGUGGAGGCGGCGGACGGGACGGCAAGGGGGUUCGUGAGGGGGGAAGGGUUGGCGAAGGCCGUGAGGGAGUUGAUGGAGGGGGAGAAGGGAGAGGCAGCGAGGAAGAAGGCGAAGGAGGUGGCGGAGAUGGCGAGGAAGGCGGCGGAGGAGGGCGGCUCGUCGUGGACGGCGUUGGAGGCCCUGGUGGAGGAGAUUUCCAGGAAGAGGAAGGACCACACAGGCUGAGCUGACGAAGAUCAGGACAACAAAAAACCGUCUGAUAUAUUCGAGAGAAGUUCAAUUAUCAUCUGUCACUUUUGCUUUUGAGAUAGACAAGACAAGUUCCUUAUCAAAAAUCAGCCAUUGGAUCAUUAAUCACUUGUAUGCAUGUUAGUGAGAGAUUUCAUUUCAUAAA